GCCGAGCCGGGCCGAACCAAAGCCGGGUGCUUUCAUCGCCGCCGGCAUUCUCAACCAAAAUGGCCACUGAACCCCUCUCCUCCCACUUCCCUCAAACCCAAGUUAUAACCACCUCAGUCACAUCGGCCGCCGCUCAAUCCGACCCUUUUUCCAGAACGAUGAUGAGUGGCUGUGGCUGUCGAAUUUCACAGCAGCUGCGAGAGUAUAAUCCUCGCCAGUUGGGAAUUUGCAGUUUCAAUGCGAGCAGGUAUCGCUGUUUGAACCACAGUGGUGCUCCGGCGCCACUUCGUAGAUUUUCUUCCGGAUAUAAUGACGGGCCUCGCUCGAAAAGGUUUUUGAGCUUCAAAUUGGGGGCAAAUGCCUCUUAUUCUUCUUUUUCGUCGUCGUCUGUCUCUGAUGAUAGUGGCGAUUUGGCUCGAGUUUCGUAUUUUGAUAGUGAUAAUUGUGGUCAAGAUAUGUCUGAGGUGCCCAGUGUCUCUCACUGUCCCAGCCCAACUGACAAUGGGAGGAUCCAUCCAACUGAAGAAGUUACAUCAGUAGCAGGAGGCAUUGUAGCACUUGGGAAGUUUGAUGCCCUCCAUAUUGGACAUCGGGAACUUGCAAUUCAAGCCUCCAAGAUAGGAUUGCCAUAUCUAUUAUCUUUUGUUGGCAUGGCAGAGGUACUUGGAUGGGAAUCACGGCCUCCGAUAGUUGCAAAAUGUGAUAGGAAACGGGUUCUCUCCUCUUGGGCUUCACUUUGUGGGAACAUCAUACCUAAGGAAUACCAUGUUGAGUUUUCAAAAGUACGGCAUCUGACUCCGCAACAAUUUGUGGAAAAGCUGUCAGAUGAACUUGGGGUUCAGGGUGUUGUGGCAGGUCAAAACUAUCGAUUUGGGUACAAAGCAGUUGGUACUGCAUCCGAUCUUGAGCGGUUGUGCAAGGAUUAUGGUAUGGAAGCUUGUAUAAUAAAAUGUGUAAUGGACAAAAACCAAGAAUCUGCAGAGAAAGACACCAGCAAUUCCCGGGAGCAAGGCCAGGUAUCAUCCACUCGAGUUCGGUAUGCACUCUCCCAAGGGAACAUGAAAUAUGUGUCUCAGUUGUUGGGACGUCAUCACCGGCUUGUGCUGAAUGUUAAUGGCGAAGGGAAGUUCUCUAGAGAUAGAAAACAGUUAUCGGCUCGUAGGUCUUGUUUGUUGAAUCUUGCACCCAGAGAAGGACUUUAUACUGAUUGUUGGCUCGUUGCUGGAAAUGAGAAAACAGUACCGUGCAGGGUCAUUCUUGAUACAACAGAUAUUCAUUUAGAAUUAGAUGAAUUGGUACCUCAUGUUAGCGAUAGUCCCCAAAGCUCCCAGGUAUUGAGUAUAGAAUUUGGUGACUCCAAAGCUUAUGGUGAUUAGUGAAUUCAUUUUUACCUUUAGAGCAUCUUGGAAAACAUCUUUUGUUUAUUCUAUUCUAUUCUAUUCUAUUAUAUUGAUUGGUUGAUAAUAGCUUGCUAGUCAGUUCAUUUCCCGAUUAGAUCUGGCUGUUAUUUCUUUCUUCUCUUCUGUUAUGUUUAUACCUGAGAAAGUGAGAAUUGUUGAGAUGAGGGGAGGGCACAAUCAAUAUCUAUACCAGAUCUGGGCUGUGUUUGGCAAUUAGCUU